AGCAAUUUAUCAUAAGUAAUAUCAUGACCGUGUUCUUUUAUUAAAUCUUUGCAGAUUAAUUUUACUUGAUCUCUCCAUCCACAUUCAACUAAUCGACGACGUAGCAACUCUUUUAGUCUAAAAAAUUUUAUCACUUCUCUUACAACACGGUCUUUAAAGAGAGCCACACUGUUUACUCCUGCUUAAUAUGUAAUGUAUGUAAAAUAGGUAAAGAAAAUAGAUGAUAAAUUAUUAAAAGACGGUUUCAAAAUCUACUAGGACAAUUGGUACAAUGUUUGUGUUAGUUUCAGAAAUAUUAUUUUUACAACAUGCAACGAGAUGGCAUCAACACGAGUAAUCAAUUGCAUUUCGUACAAAAGACUUGUAGCAGUCUCUAGUCUAAAAAAUAUAUACAUUCUUUCUAAUUUUAGUAUUAAUUCUAAUUUUCGACAAAAUGCAUUAUAUUGUACAAAAAAAUCAAUUGCUAAAACAGAUCAUGUUGAACAUGAAAAUAAAAUACAAGUUGGAUUUGCGGAUGUAGUUAAAGAAAAUACAAAAUCUAUUGGAUAUUUAGGUGUAAUAAUUAGUGGUAUAGGAAUUACUGCUUUCAUGUUUUAUAUGAUUUUUGAUGAAUUAUUUUCCAAUAAAAGUCCAAACAGCGUAUACAGUAAAGCAUUAGAUCGCUGCAUUAAACAUCCUAAAGUAACAGAUGCCCUAGGAGAACCGAUAAAAGCAUAUGGAGAAGAGAGCAGACGUGGGCGUAGAAGUCACAUAAGUCAUAUUACCUUUGAAAAGGAUGGAGUACGUCAUAUGAGAAUGAAAUUUUAUAUUCAAGGUAUAAGGAGACGUGCAACUGUGAAUUUAGAAGUGCAAGAAGAUGAAUCUGGCAAUUAUAUGUACAGAUAUUUAUAUGUACUUGUGGAUGAUAUUUUGCAAACUAUUAUUAAAAUAGAAGACAACAGAGAGCAGAAGAGGAGCUCCAAUACUGAAGCAGAACUUGAAUGGAAUUAAUAUGUUAGAUCUUUCUAAUUAAUAUUUGGUACAUUAUGUAUAGACACGUUGAUAAUCGAUUAUUUGCAGCAAUAUUAUUUUAAAUACACUUUUGUAAAAUUUAUAUCAAAUAAAUACGGUGAUACUUGAA